AUGAAUGUGUCCACCAUGUUCAUGAGCAAAGAGAUUAUCACUCAACCAUUGAUAAAUCUUCCUCCUAGAAGAAUAAACUCCAACCCGUUCUUCAAUCUCCCCAAGCUCGGAAAAGAGAAGGUGGUGAUCGUGAUCGGCGCUACUGGCACGGGUAAGUCUCGGUUGUCGAUCGACAUUGCUACCCGAUACUCGAUGGAAGUUAUAAACUCUGAUAAAAUGCAAGUUUACGAUGGGCUAGAUAUAGUAACAAAUAAGGUCACGAAGAGAGAACAACGUGGUGUACCGCAUCACUUGCUUGGAGUUAUUGAUCCCUUUUGUGACUUCUCGGCAACUGACUUCUCUGAUAUGACUAUGUUAUCUUUGGAUUCUAUUUGUAGCCGUGGUCGGCUCCCGAUUAUCGCUGGUGGCUCGAAUUCUUAUAUUGAAACCUUAGUUGACUCGAACUUUCAGUCGAGAUAUGAAUGUUGCUUUCUUUGGGUAGAUGUGUCAAUACCUGUAUUGCAAUCCUUUGUAUCUGAUAGGGUAGACAAAAUGGUAGCUAAGGGAAUGGUUGAC